CUUUUGCACCUGUUUUAUUUACGUUACGGUUUUAUUUUAGAACCGAUGGCAAAAUUGCAUAGAUGUUGAAGAUAACAUAAGGUCUGCCACAAAACAACUUCUUGUAACCCCUUUUUGAUCAAACGUUGUAGUUCUUCUGAUGAUUACAUAAGACGAGAGGAAGUGACAUCCGGGCUCGGAGGUGCAGGUAUGCAGGUGUAGUCGGAGGGCGGAGUUAUUCUCCCUCAUAACCGAACAUUUCAACCUUUCAACCUUUCAAAGUUUCGUUAGCAGCCGGGCAUGGCCACCGAUCUCAGCGAGGACUCGGUGCUCCUCUUCCUCAGGAGCAGCGGUGGCACGGUGAAGAACGCGGAGCUGCUGGCCCACUUCAGGCCCUUCCUCCGGGACCACGACGACCGACUGCGACACCGAGACAACUUCAAAAAGUUUGUUAACUCCGUCGCCACCGUCAAGCAAGUGGAGGGAGUUUCCUAUGUUGUCCUCAGGAGGAAGUUCAGGGCUCCGAGGGAUGCUGUAAACCCGUCUAACAGGGACCCCUCGUCUAGGACCCCCGAUGGGUUGAAGGCUAGCGACCCUGGGGCCGGCUCGAGGAGCCGCUCCCCUGCUCACCGAACCCCAGGCAAGACGUUACGGCCGCCGGCCCCGGUGCUGCCUUCCCCAGAUGAGCCGAGACUAACAACGACUCCCAAGGGAGACCCGGUAAAGGCAGCAGAAAGCCAGAUACUCGUGUCUGCUGGAAUAAUACUCAACAACAACGACGUGGAGACCAACUUUAAUCUGGUGCAGAAACCGCUCCUGUCCUCCACCCCCGUCGUGUCCCAGCCUGCAGCCUGUCGCCUGGCGCCAGGUCGAGAGGAACCGGUUCGCCACCUGACCCAGGCAGGGGCUCCUCCCGGGAACACAGCCCCCACACACCCGCUCAGGAUCCCGGCCACAUGGCCACACAAGCCGGUAGACCCCAGAGUUGAAAACCACCCAGCUUCGACGGUGGUCCAAAGUGUUGUAGAAACGAGACCUCGACACGAUUUAGAGGAAUAUCACCUGCAGGGAAAACCGUCUUCUAUUCUUCAUCGGCACGAAGGUCUUCAUCACAAUCAGCACGAAGGUCUUCAUCACAAUCAGCACGAAGUUCUUCAUCACAACACGGAUCUUAAAGUGAGAGCGCGCGGUGCCCGAUACAGAAAAAGCUACAAAUCUGCAGUCUCUCAGGAUGGUGAUGAUGAGGAGGAGGAGGAGGAGGAGGAGGAGGAGGAGUUGACGGAGGUGAAUCCGAGGAGAGCAGAUUCAGCAGGAGGAGAAAUUCCCCUUAUUCUACCUCAAGACAACAGGAGAACCAUCCUCUCCUCUCAGCCCCCAACGCUCCCCUCUCUCCCCCCUGCCCUCACCCCUUCCCUCCCCUACUCUCUCCCCCCUGCCCUCACCCCUUCCCUCCCCUACUCUCUCCCGCCUUCCCUCCCCUCCGCUCAGCCCCCAACGCUCCCCUCCCUCAGCCCUUCCCUCCCUUCCUCUCUACCCCCAAUGCUCCCCUCUCUCCCCCCUGCCCUCACCUCUUCUCAGCCCCCAACGCUCCCCUCUCCCCCCCCCGCUUUCCCCUUCCCCCUCCACUCCUCUCUCCCCUACUCUGUCUCCCCCUCGCUCACCCCUUCCCUCCCCUCCUCUCAGCCUCCCAACCUGCCCUCCCUCUCUUCCUCCACCAUCUCCCCCUUCCUCUCCCCCUCUCCUCCUCCUCCGUCCCAGACCCCCAGGAGGUUCUCCGGUUCCCCGGGCUCUGGGUCCAACUCUGUCCCCACCAUCCACGUCCAGGAGGUGGGGGAGCCGGGUCCGGGCUGGGGGUCUGGUGCUGGGACCCCCGGGGGGGGUCCAGGGGAGUCCGGUGGGGGGGCGGCGAGGCGGUCCGGCCGCCGUGGCCCAGGAGGGGCCCUGGGAGCGGGGCUUUCCUCCAGCCAGGACAGCCUCCUCCUCCUGCCCUCCUCGUCCUCCUGCAGCGACUGGCUCUCCCCGCUGUCCUCCAGCUCCCCCUCAGGAGCGGAGUGGAGCAGCAGCCACGAGGAGCUGGGCGCCCGCCACGGUGACCCGGGGGCCAAGGUGGCCCACGUCAACAGACUCCUGUCUCUGAUGCAUCGGUCGGAGCAGAAGACGACCACCCCCUGGCACCACUCCACGGGCCACCUCCUGGAGGAGGACCCGGGCUCCUCCUGGCGCCGCUCCACAGGCAAUCUCCUUGACAACCAGGAGGACGCAGAGUCGAGUGCGGGCUCCGCCUCUCCCCCGUUGCUACGGAAACGUCCCGGGGUCGCCAGGCGGGUCAGCAGUCGUCUGCGGAGCAGGAACUGUAUGAGCCUGGGGGCGGGGCUGGACCUCCCCUUCCCCGGGGAGGAGGAGGAGGUUGUGCAGGGCCUGGGAGGGGGAGGGGGAGGGGGGGGAGGAGGAGGAGGAGGAGGAGGAGGAGGAGGAGGAGCGUUGGCGGCGUCCCGGCAGAAGCGCCUCCAGCUCCUCUCCUCCUCCCUCAGCCUGGGCAACAACCUGUCCACCUCCUCGCUGUCCUCCUCGGGCUCCACGCCGCCGCGCUGCCCCAGCGUGGGGGAGCUGGCUGAGGGCACGGAGCAGGGCCGAGGAGGAGGGGCAGGGAGGGGGACGGACGGACCGCACAACUCCUCCUAUUGGCAUCGCCAGGUCCCUCUGGAGUCCCGGGAGCACUCCUGGCUGGUGCAGGGUGCGGCGGGGGAGUGGCCUGACGUCUACUCUCUGUUCAGAGACGACCCCUCUCUGCUCCAGCGGCCCGACUUCAUCUCGGGCUUCACCGUCCUCCACUGGAUCGCCAAGCAUGGAGACCACAGGGUCCUCAACACGCUGUGGUACGGGGUGCUGAAGGCGGGCGUGACCCUGGAGGUCAACGUGAGGUCGUGGAGCGGCCUCACCCCGCUCCACCUGGCCGCCAUGCACGGACACAAGAAGAUGCUCCGCCUCCUGGUGCACAAGUUCCACGCCGACACGCGGAUCCGCGACGCCGCCGGGAAGAGGGCCUGGCAGUACCUGGAGGCCCCGCCCCCCGCGGACCUGCUGCACCUCCUGGGGGCCCCGCGGGGGGCCGGGGGGCUGGCCCGGCAGGGGGCGGGGGGUCGGGGCACUCUGCACCACCACGCCUCCUGCUCCUCCGCCGACCGACCUCAGAGACGACCUCUGACCACCGGCUCCACCGGGGUCAAGAGGUCAACGUCGAUUGCAGCGUUCCUCAAACACAAGACGCUGCUUCGCUUCAGAGAGCUCUCAGACGUGUGUGUCUAGCUGCGGGCGAGGGGGGGCGGGGGAGGUGGACCAAAGAGCUAAAUGUAGUAUAAUGACGUUGAGGGCACCUUGUGGUAUUAUCACGCUCACUGUUCCUCCCUUCAGGUUAAAGGUGAUGUUUAUUAUUGAAAUGUUUGCACAUAGAAAAGACAUGUUUCACUAGUGUGUAUUAAUUCCGGCAUUUGUGCCACAGUCAACACGAGACCUUCAGAAUAAUAAAAACAUGAAUGCAGUUGAACAACUUUCUAUAAAACAAAAGAGCCCUAAACAGAGUGAGACUGAUCUGUGAUCAGUACAGCGACGCGUCAGGUUGAGAAGCACAAGGCACAGACUCGAGAUCUUCUUCCACUCGUGGGUUUUAUCACUCAGACUCUCCGGUGGUGUUUGAUCAGGUUGAUGGCUCAGCGGUUCGUUCUGGUGUGGGAGAGGAGUCGCUCAUGCUCGUUAAAUGUACCUAUGUCGAUUUGAACCGUGCCUUAUGUCUAUAUUCUUAGAUCUUAUGUAUUUUUUGCCCCUUUAUAUUUCUUUAAUUGUUCUAUUUCUGAAUUGUAUUUGAUUGCUGUCAUGUAUUUUCUGUGGUGAUUCCCUGUGGUGAUUAUCUUGUCUGAGAAAAAUAAAGCACUUUUUUCUUGUCUGUGAUAGUUAAAGAACAGUUGAUCUUAUCUGGGAUUAAUAAAGUACAUAUUUU